AGACAACUUGUAGCUAUUAUAUCAAUAGUGGCUUAUAUUUGGUGAUAACCCAUUCUGACCAUUUACUUUAUACUCUUCUCCAAACUGCUUUGGAUAUUCUUAUACUUUAAGCUAUGCUACAACUGGUUGCACACAAACAGGUUUCCUUCAUACUCAUUGCAAUUCCCUUGUUUCCCACUACUUUUCUUCUAAAACUACAAAAGGUUUGUAUCUUAUAAGAUGUGCAUGUAAGUGUUUACUUAUGAGAUGGUGUGGAAGAUAGCAGAAUAGCGCCUUAUAGUAUACAAACCAUAGAUUGAGCAAGAAUCAAUCUAGUUACCGACAAAAACUCCUAGAAACCUAUUUCUUGUCUAUAGUAAAAGAAAGUUUCUAGUUGUGACGAGCAAGAAAAUAGUCCGUCUUUCUCUCUGUUGUCUAUGUGAGUCUAGAGCUAUCAAAGAGAUCAGUUCUACCAAUCAACCAAAUAAAGCAAUCGUUCGAACAAUAAAACAUACACUCCUUCCAACUCCUUUGUCCUUGUCCAGGUUUCCUAUUGUCGACUGCUUUAAAAGUAUUUCGGUAAUUCAUUGAGAUGUAAAUUGAUUUUGGAGUGGCGGCGGCGUGUAAAAUGACUAGUCAAGAGAUACGCAAAAGUUUGCCUGGAAUGACAAAAGUACCAUUAAUAGAUAGAAAAGAAGAUGUUUACAUUAUUAUUCUAACUUAUUUGAACCAGUUUUCUCCAACUGAGGGAAACUUGAAUGACAUACGUCCCGCUGUUUCUUUUUCUCCGCAUAUCUUCGGAGCCGGGAAGAGUUUUGUCGGUGUACACUUUUUAGAGUUUUUGAACAAAUUUGCCGAAGAAGAAGAGCAAAAGGAGACGGAGGGACGCCCUGGCCAUUUCCCUGAAAGCAACACGAGCUCAUUGGGAGGAGUUAAGGCGAAGAACUUUUCUUGGAAACACUUUGCGGAAAACACUUUGUCAGUUAUCUUAGAACUAAGAGAGAGCUUUUCUGAUGCUCCUUUUCCAAGUUUUCGAAAGGCUUUGAUGUAUAACAUAGUUUUUAGAGCCUUUCGUCAAAAUGGAAGAAGAAAAGAUGCCGCUCACGUUGCUUCAACGAUAAUCAAGGACCACAACUUGGACGAUAUCAUAGAUUUUCUUCUCGAACAAUUUCAGAAACAAUAUUUAUUUUUGAUGAUAGACGAACUUAGUCACCUGAGUUACCUCACCACAUACUAUAGUGAACUUACCACGAAACAGUUCGUCGAGUCUGACCCAAAAUAUGUACCUUUCCGGAAUUUCUUCCGUAUUUUACGUGAUUUGUUGAUUACAGGGAAGGUAAUUGUCUAUUUGGCAGGCAGGACAGCUCAAAUCUCAGCCCGCAUGUCUGAUGCUCGCUCCAGUAGCAUGAGCCUCGAUAUGUUGCGAUUGAAUCCUUUUAACCUCAACGAUAUUAAUGAAUAUCUUGAGCUGGCAAUUUAUAGUGGAAAGACCUUGAAGGACUGGUUAUUGCCCUCAGAUGGCUUGCAACAUCGAUUCGCAGAAUUAUUAAAAAAGAAGACAGGAGGUAUUCCGUUGAUUUUAAAGAAUACUUUAGUAGCCCUAGCAGAGAAAGCUGCAGACUUGUCGCAACCUGUUAUCAACGAUGACAAUAUGGAAAGUGUGUUAGAUGAUAUUUUUCACUCUGUAGUACGAAAGACAACAACGUUUAUUGUUCCGGAGAUAUUAGAUUCUGCAACCCUUCUUCGAUAUCAAUUUGUUCUUUUCAAUUAUCAGCUCGGGACAGUUUUUCCAAUCAACUUUGCAAUUACUCUAUGUGGAACGACAACUUAUUUGAUGGAUUUGGUUGCAACUUUUGGGUUUUACUCUGAAGUUUUGGGCGAAGAAUUCAAGAUUGGUUGUUGUGAAUUUAUAUUGCGAGCUCAUAGCAACUAUAAAUUUUUCCGUGAGGCUACUGAACUUUUUCCUUUAUCUCCGUUUAGUUAUAUUCCCGACACUUCAACAGCAAAAGGAGUCUUCUUUGAAUUUGUAUUUAUGAAGAUCUUUCGCUUUCGCUUAUUAACUUUUCUUCAUUCUAAUUCCUCGCCUAUUGUACAUUCUGCUAUUCCAGGAAUUUUCCAGGGUUCUUUUAUUGAACAGGACAAUGUUUCGUAUUCUAUGGAAUCAACAAAAUCUAAUGAUAUACCCAUCUUGAGAAAUGUCUCUCAUUCAUUUUCUGACCAUUAUAGAAAAUAUUUACAACAUUGUGGUAUUUUUGUUCCAAAAGAUGGCAAUUCGAGUGGCCCUGAUGCAUAUGUUGUAUUCCAUAAUGGACAAACACGUUAUGUUGUUGGAUUUUCAUUCAAAUUUUAUCACAAAACUGAAUUUUCGAAAACAAAUAUUGAGAAAGAAACAAAAAAAUUUUUCAAAGAAGUUAUUCCCGUUUUGAAUAACGAAUCUCCUUCAUCUGUUCAACUUCGUUUUCAGUUUGUGGUAGUAUGUACUAGAUAUGAUCAAUCUGUAGGUUUCUCUUCCGAACAACAGAACAUUGUUGAAGAUGCAAGUCGUUUGGUGACUCAACAUUCUUCGGGAUCAACUUUGAAUGAAAGUAGUCGAUCAUGUCUGCAAUUGGUAAUUGUUUCGCAAAGGAACAUUGAAAGAUAUUUGGGAAGAGAAAAUGUCGAAACAUUGAGGAAAAUUGGCAAAGCAAACCGAGAAGAGUUCACAAAAAACUUUUCAGUAUGGUGUAAAACUGUCUUUGAGUCGAUGUCCAAUGAAUAUGUUUCAUCUUUGGAAACGGAGCAAUCAAAUGUUACUGCAAGAGUGACUCGAAAUAUAAGACCGAGAACAAAUGAGGAGAAUAGGAUGCAAAUGGAAGAGCUUCAAACUGCUAUGCAAGUCGAACAAAGGGUCGCAGCAUCCAGUUCUUUGUCUUCGUCAUUUGAUUGGAAUACUUUCCUAAGAGACCGUUGUGGUCUUUCUGAAGAAGAUGUUGCCUAUUGUUUGCCCAAGCUGUCCUUCAUAGGAAUGAUAGAUUUGAGUGGCGUGACAACAGAGUUUCUUUUGAAGUGCGGUAUCGAUAGUCCUUCACUAAGAUUGCGAAUUAUGUUAGGAAUACGACAGCUUUUAGCAAAGUAGCUUUUAUGGACUAGUUUGUGGUAUGCCCAUGAUUUCCCUGUAGAAGAUGAUGGAAGCCUUAUAGAAGUCGUAGUCCUAAUAAAGACAUGUAAUUUUUG